AUGACAUUGUUGCCUCCAGUAGCAUUGAAUGCAAGGGAAGCCAACGAGCAAUUGGCCUCAAUGAGCAUUGAGCUAAACUGAGUGAGCUCAACUGUGAAUGGUCCUGGAGCACCAAAAAAAGCCUGUUUUGGAUUUGGCUUCACUCCUAUUACAUCGAGAAAUACGUCAUUGACAGAAACAACUUGAAUUGUUCAAUUUCAUUGUGUUCUUGCCCUCUGGUGGCAAGCUAGCUAGCUAAAAUUGUCCCUUUCCUAAAUUAGCCAUGUAAGGAGAUAGGGAUUUGGACUUGUGGUUUUACUUAAUUCUCUACUGGCCAAUGAUUAUAACGGCGAUUCUGAUCCAACCGUAAAUGUAUACAUUGGACUCAGAGGAUGGAAGUUCAAUAUGUAGCUAGAUGUAGAAGAAUAAUGUUAACUAGCUAACGUUGCCUAUAAGAGGAAGUUAGGCUAGCAAGCAAUCAUUUUAGCCAGAUUAAAAUAAAAGCUUGUACUGUAUGACAGAGCCAUAGACUGUUUCGUCAACAUGAAAGAAAGGAGGAUGGCAUUGGCGUCUCCACAAGAAGGUGUAGAACCAGAACAACCAUGGCCAGUCGUAAGCGGAUUCUGAGCGCCCUGGGGAAAGGUCCUGCCAGACGGAACCUGUUCGGCCCAGUGGACCAUGAGCAGCUGCAGCAGGAGUACCAGAAUGCCUUGCGCAGAGACCUGGAGGACGCCUGCCACCGCUGGGGCUUUGAUUUCCUGUCAGAGAAGCCUCUGGCUGGGGGAGACUUCCAGUGGGAGGGGGUUCUAGGCACCAAGCUGCCGCUCCUCUACCAACCCUGCCUUUUGGGUCAGGGAGAGGCACAGAGGGAGGGAGGCCUGGCGGCCAUCACAGGGAGGGGCGGGGCAGGGCCAUUGCACCGUGUCAAGGAGAAUAUCCCUUGCACCCCUGAGAAGUGCGGAGCCAACCACCAGAACCUGGAGAAAACACCAGACAAGAAGGAGAACACGAACCACAAUGAAAACAGACUGAAGAUGAAACAGACCGAAGACUAAACAGACCAACCUCACAGAUUUCUACCAUGCCAAGAAGAGUGGUGGGUACGCAGUGUAAGUCAGGCCAGUGAUUUCAGGGCACACAGUCACAGCUGCCAGGGAGCCAACAGUCGGGACAGAACCACAGCAAAUGUUACGCCCCUGAAAAAGGGGAGAAAUAAUCACGAGAGUGAUACGGUAUUAUUUCCUCAGUGAGAACUUUUACUGUAAUGAAGAAAAGACCGCGAUUUCCCCGCGAACUUGGGUGGAGACCAGAGCAAUCGAUCUCAGGCUCAUAGAUUAAAGAGCAUUUAGUAGAUCACAGAUUAACACUUUUCCCCUUCAAUUAGGCACCACAAAAUAAAGUAAUCAAUAUAACGUUUACACAUUCCUUUUACAAUUCUUACCUUUUGUACGCUUGAUGGAUUUUAACUUUAACACAAUUAUGAAUGUUAUCAAUCUCUAUCAACUAAUACAGAAUGCAUGAUCUUUUUAACCUUAGAUGUUUUAAGAUCCUCACAUACUAUGAACUUACUAAUACUUUUGAAUGUAUAACAGGCUAUGAGUAUUUCCUUUAACCUGUCACACAAACACUACUUCUCGCAGGAAGACAUACACUGCACAGACACUGGACACAUAGAGUGCAUACUUACCUGGAGGAAUACAUAACCAAUACUCUAAACAAAUGCAGGGGGAAAUUAAACACAACCUCUUUUAUUGCAUCCAUUACCAAUGCAUACUGUAAAAAAAAAAAUGUAUAUCCAUGUAUGGUUAACUGAUGUGCUAAUGAUUUCAAUGUAAGGGGGCUUGUGUUCUUCCUGUGGUAAGGGAGGGACAUUCAAGCGGUUCAAAUGAUGCAUCCAUGUUCAUUUGUGAGUCAUGUAAGGACAUCCUCUAAAACCCUAUGACCUUUUGGUGUAAAGGGGACUUUUGCUAUAAGAGCUCACUGUCUGGACAGGUAAGUUCCUGUCCGACAUUCCACAGCACUGAAAUGGACCAAUCAAAGCCCUGCCUCUGGGUCUACCCUUAAACCGUCUUGUCUUGAUGACAUCUUGAAAUGAUGAAACCAUACUCUUUAUGGUAGAGGUUGAAUCUACUACAAUAUACUGUCACAUUGAGAGGACUCAUUGAAAAAUGACCACAACAACACAAUAGUAUUUUACAAAGUCUUUCUGGUUCAUAUGUCCAAAUGUAUUGAUUGAUGUGGUUUUAUUUCAUGUUUUUUCAUUAUGCUGUAUUUCUUGUGAAGAGUGCCAGAAUCAUGUUAUUCUCUGUCUUUUGCAAGCACUUCCUGCCCAAGUAUGUAUUUUUGUACAUAGUGUGUAAAUUUGUGAAAUCUCAACAUGUACUCAUAGGAAACUAGUGGAAGAGUACCGUAAUGAAUGAGACUGUUAUGCUUAUAAUGCAAAUUCCUAUAUAGGAAAUGUCACCAAUUUCCCCCACCUUCUAACUAGGCAUUUUGCUAUAAUAUUCCUGGGAAUGUGUUGAUGGGUGCCUCCCCAAUGCUCUUUCAUGCUUUUCUGAACACAAGGCCAGACAUGAAAGUUUCCUUAGAAUAGUUUCAGAGAUGUAUGUUUUCUUUCAGUAUUGCUCAAUAUUUUUAAUGUAGCCCACAGCAGGUGCAUCAAGGGACUCAAAUUAGUCAAGUGCAUGUAUGGUAUUUUAAUCUAAACAGGGAAAUUGUGUCCUCAAAAACACAGCUAUUUUAGAGUAAGCUACAGCCAAGUGUAAGUGCAGUAAAAUACACAUGAAGUGUUUUUAUCUGCCUCAAACUGAGGUCCAUCACGGACCAUGGUUAUUUUUUGUUAUGAUGGCUGAUCCUUCUGCUAUUGGUCAUUUGAAUGGGGGUUAGACAACAUCUCUGUCAUGACAAUUCUUCCAAACUAAUCUAAUAGCUUCACAGACCCUGACAUUCUGCUAAUAACAUGCAUUACACCAAAAAAUGCACUUGUGUUUAUAGAUGUUGGUGCACAAGUCCUACAUAGGGUUUAUGUUCAAAGCUACAACUAAAAUAUUAUUUAUUGUGAAAUAAGGUAGAUAUGUGUAAUUGGUUAUUAGGAAAAAAUUGAAAUAAAUACAGUAUGUAUAUAUUAA